UCCCACCGUCCGUCGGUCCGACCGUCCGUCUGUGCGGCCGGGGCCGACCUGGGGAGAACAGCGGUUCCACCUUCCAGGCUGAGCCAGGGGCUUUAAGUUUGGAGUCUGACUGAAACUGGUUUUGGAAGCAAGAUGACUACAGCUGCAGAGAGAAAGUAUAUUAACAUUAGGAAAAGGUUAGACCAGCUGGGCUACCGCCAGACCCUGUCAGUGGACAGUCUGCCUUUGGUAGAAAAACUUUUCAGUGAUCUGGUUCACACAACAGAGAGCCUGCGGCAGUGCAGGCUGUCCUCGGUAAAGGCAGAGAAGGACAGUGCCAAUUUCGAUUUUGUUCUGGAACCUUAUAAACUUGAAAACACAAGACUGAAUAAGGAGAAUAAUGAAUUGUAUCUGGAGUUAAUGAAGCUGAGAGAAUACUCAGACAAGCACAUUAAAGACUUGAAAAUCACACUGAAGAAAUCCUCACGGGAGACAGCUGAUCUGAAGUUUCUGAAUAACCAGUAUGUCCACAAGGUCAGACUCCUGGAGAAAGAGAGCAAAGCUAAGGACGAAAAAAUCCAGCAGCUUCAAGAGAAGAAUCUGCGUGCGGUAGUACAGACUCCUGGGGGCAGGAAAAGAAACAUUGCAUUUAGGCGCCAGCGGAUGCAAAUCGAUGAGCCAGCCCCACCCUCGGAAGUCAGCUCCUACCCAGUUCCUCAACCAGAAGACCCGUACAUCGCGGACCUCCUGCAAGUGGCUGACAAUAGGAUUCAGGAGCUGCAGGAGGAAGUGCACCAGCUGCAAGAGAAACUAGCGCAGAUGGAGAAAGGAGUGCAGGACUACAGCAGGCAGAUCGAACUAAGAGAACGAGAAAUAGAGCGACUGUCCGUUGCUGUGGAUAGCGGCCGUUCUCCUGACAUCCUGUCUCUGGAGACUAGAAAUAAAACCAACGAGAAGCUUAUUGCUCAGUUAAAUAUCCAGGUUGACUUCCUUCAACAAGCUAAUAAGGAACUGGAGAGGCGUAUCCAAGAGCUCAUGGAGACCAAGGCGACAGUGACAACUGAGGUUGUGAACCUAAGCAACAAAAACGAAAAGCUCUGCCAGGAACUAACAGAAAUCGACCAGAUGGCCCAGCAGCUGGAAAGGCACAAGGAACAAGUGCUGGAGACGGCAGACAGGGAGCUCGGGGAGGCAAAGAAAGAGAUUAAAAGAAACCUCUCUGAAAUGCGGAACCUUGAGGAAAAAAUGUCAAAACUGCAAUGGGAAUUAGAUGUAAGCAAUAAGGAGAAGGAGAGACUGAAUGGUGAACUACUUUUAAAGUCAGACCUGGAGACGGUUGUUCAUCAGCUUGAACAAGAAAAGCAAAGACUUAACAAAAAACUGCAAAGUUUUGCAGUCACAGAAAGAAAACUGACUCUGGAGGUUGAGAGGAUGAGACUAGAACACGGGAUAAAACGUCGAGACAAGUCGCCCUCCCGUCUAGACACAUUUCUGAAAGGCAUAGAGGACGAGCGCGAUUAUUACAAGAAAGAGCUGGAGAAACUGCAGCAUCUCAUCCAGCGAAGGUCAUGCUCUGUUAUUUACUGUGCUCGGGAGAAACCUUCUACAGUCAAAUGCUCAGAAAAGGGUGACUGCAGUACCGACAUUCAUCUGAUCACAAGAGAAAGGGAUGAGCUUCAGCACAUGCUCGAGAGAUUUGAGAAAUACAUGGAGGACAUACAGUCCAACGUGAAACUGCUGACGGCAGAAAGGGACAGACUAAGUGUCCUGUAUAAGGAAGCAAAGGAAGAGUUAUCUGCACUAAGACAGGAGUACACUGGUUCACUGGCCCCCAACAAUCUUGUUAGUUGUAUAGAAAAGGAGAAAGAACGCGCAUUAUCUGACUUAAGAAGAAUUACAGCAGAAAAGGAAGCUCUCAGAGAAAAGUUGAAAAAUAUCCAAGAAGUGAAUGUUGUUGGAAAAUCAGAAUUAGAGAAGACUAUUGAACAUUUGACGUAUAUUAAUCACCAGCUUGAAAAUGAAAAAUAUGAAUUGCAAUCUAAAAUAUUAAUAAUGAAAGAAACAAUAGAAUCAUUAGAGAGCAAAUCAAAACUCCAAGCUCAAAAACUUAGCCAUGUGGCUGGUGACUCAUCUCAUCAGAAAACAGAAAUGAACUCGCUCAGGAUAGUGAGUGAGCAGCUACAGCGGUCACUUGAUGAGUGUCAGCACCGACUUUCCAUAAAAAGAGGUGAACUCGAAUCAGCCCAAGAACAAAUUAAAGCGCUGGAGCAGAAACUAGAGUCUCUGAGCCACAGGAUGACGAUGCAGAGCGAAGAAACUCAUGCGAUGAAGAAGACCAUCGGCGUGAUGGACAAAGAAAAGGACUUUCUCCAGGAGACUGUGGAUGAGAAGACGGAAAAGAUCGCCAGCCUGCAAGACAGCCUCAUUAGUAAAGAAAAAGCUAUUACCCAGUUGAAGGUCACAGUCUCGGAGUGUGAAUCGUCACUGAACCAACUACAAGAAACUUUGACUAAUCGAGACCGAGAGAUAAACAGCCUCCGUCGCCAGCUUGAUGCAACUCACAAGGAACUUGACGAUGUUGGGAAAUCUAGAGAGAUCUCUUAUAAAGAAAAUAGAAGGUUGCAAGAUGACCUGGCCACAAUGGCGAGAGAAAACCAGGAGAUCUCACUGGAGCUGGAAGCAGCAGUGCAAGAGAAAGAAGAGAUGAAGAGCAGGGUUCACAAGUACAUCACUGAGGUGUCACGAUGGGAGAGCCUAAUGGCCGCGAAGGAAAAAGAAAACAAAGACUUGCUAGAUAGAUUCCAGAUGCUUCACAACCGUGCUGAGGACUGGGAGAUCAAAGCUCAGCAAGCGGAAGGGGAGAACAGCUCGGUCCGCCUAGAGCUGCUGUCUAUUGACACGGAGAGAAGGCACCUGCGAGAGCGGGUGGAGCUCCUGGAGAAGGAGAUCCAGGAGCACAUAAAUGCGCAUCAUGCUUAUGAGUCUCAGAUCUCAUCAAUGGCUAAAGCCAUGUCUCAGUUAGAAGAAGAGCUUCGACGGCAUGAGAGUGAGAAAGCCACCGUGUUGGGUGAUAUGUCCUCUCUCCGAGAACUUUGCAUUAAGCUCGACUCAGGCAAAGACAUUAUGACCCACCAGCUGAAUUCCAAAGGCCUUGAGCUGGAGCGGGCAGUAGCAGAGUUGGAGAAUGUAAAAUCAGAAUCAGAGCUUUUAAAAAAGCAGCUGAUGACUGAGAGGCAGACAAUUAACAGCCUUGAGUCGCUGUUAGCUACAAACAGAGAUAAAGAAUUCCAGUCCCACCUAACCUCCCACGAGAAGGACACGGAAAUCCAGCUGCUGAAGGAGAAGUUAAACCUCUCAGAGAGCAAACUAACUACCCAAAGCCGAGAAACCUCCAUGCUUCGAACUAAAAUGACACAGUUGCAGACAGAGUAUGAUAAUCUGAAAAGGCUGAUGUCAAAUGAGAAGUACGAACGAGAGCGAGCAAUCCAAGAGCUGCGCCGACUCGGUCUUCCUACAUCGCCUCUGAGCUCCACUCUGAGAUCGCCCAUGCAGUCUCCUGAGCAUAUAAAUGCAUAGUUAUCGGAAAGGAAUGUACCAGAUUAUGGUUUUCAGUGAGUUUCUACAUGGAUUUUCAUAAGAACACAGGAGUAAUGAAAUAUUUGAAGUACUUGUUCCUGCGAAUCAUGAACAAUGACACAAAUUAUACCUCUGUCAGCCUUUAUUUAAAUCAGUGGAUAUUUAUGUAAAAAUGUUUAGUUUUAAAGAGCCUUAUGUAUAUUUUCAUAUGUGAAAAAAACAGAAUAUGUAUUAAUAGCUUAAGUGAUGUGAUAUGUGAAUUUUUAUUAUUCCCAACUAAAAUUACUCCUUAAAAUGUGUUUAUACCGUGAAUUAAUUUAACGUGUUCACAUUAUGUUGUAGUAAUCUGUGCCUUAAUGAACCACACUAUAUGCAUGUAACUACUCUUGCACUAUUUAGACAUGUUUGGUUUUCAUGCAUAUGUUUGGAGCCCAAGGCAUGCGAGGUCAGAGCACGAUCCAUUUCAUUCUCUUACGUGUGGCAUCAGUCCACGCGUGCUGUCCUUCAUACAGGCAGUCUACUUACGUCUGGUCUGUUGGCAGAACUCGUUUUUAUUAUUAUUUUUUUUUUAUGAGAAAGAAAGGGUUUUAAGUGAGCUUAUGGUUCCAGAGAGCCAGGAGUCCACCAAGUGCACAGGGCGGCGGCAGCAAGCACACAACAGGAAGUGGAGAGUGAACAGGAAGUCAGGAGACUCUGUGUACUCCAUCAGCCCUCCCCCCGGGACACACUUGCUCCAGUAAAUCUGCCCCUCUUCCACCUCCCCAAACAGCGCCCCUCACAACUGGGGCCAAGUGCUCAAGGAUCUGAGAUGUGGGAUCCGUUUCUCAUUGAGACUACAAUUUCCAAAACCAAAAAUUCAACUGAUAGCAUAUCUUUUUUCUUGAGGUGUUUUUGUUAUUUCUGAAAGUUCAGACCUAUUAGAGAUCAACAAACUGAGCUACCUGUUUGAAAAUUACUUAUAUUCUCAUCAACUUUGAAAAUCUUUUCCUGGACAUAGAGGGAAUCCGCCCAGUGACUUCAUUACCGAGCGCUGGAGGAAGUAGUUAUGGCCAGGUGUAAAGAGUGCAAGCAGGAAGGACGGCAGUGGGAGGCACGUCUAUCCAUGUGGGUCUUACUUGGCUGUCCUGUGGCUCUCCACAUGACGCAGUUUUUAAAGAAUUAAGCUAAAAUAUACUCAGAGUUUUGUAAAACA